UGUAGCCCUUUCCGCAGGUGUAACUGAAGUCACAAUUGUUGCAGUCUGCAGCAAUGUUUACCAUGAGAACUGUAGUCUGAGGAAACAGAUGCAGUUGUCUUCAGUUCCCAAUGCACUUGUUAGCACACUUAAUGAUGUCUUUUUGCUUUGAGACCAAGGAUCUUGGAAUCCCACUUUACUUGAGCAAUUGGAUGUGGCAAUUUCCUAACAGGUUUCGAGAGUGGGCAGCGGUGACACCAAUGCAAGUGACAUCAGUUUACUCUUCCGUAUGCAGGAUUUUUUUAAAGUCCUUUUCACAGUGAAUCAGAAACCACACUUGAAAAGCGUCUUUUCCCUUCAAAUGGAAAUUCUUCACUUAUGUCAGCUCCAUUCUCACCUUAAAGAAAAUCAAAGGUUUUUAUCUUCAAAAGGAAGUGUAUGUCCUGGACAGCUAUAAUCAGUGCUGAACAAGUGCUAAUUCCUCAUACGUGCAGGGAUUUCCUUGGUGUACCUUGCUACGUGCUCACAAAGAGUUAAGCAGCUGCACAUCACAGCUUUGAGCAAGCAGUUCUGCCUGCCUUGCAGAUCUGCCAUGUUAGUCGCUCAGAAGGCUGAAGCACAAGGCUACGGUGCGUGUUCUUCUCCGUGCCAUUCCUGACCCACUUUUACCCCCCUGGUGCUGUGAUUACCGGGGGAUGUAACAUUGGAGUCACUGCUGGCGCAGCUGUUGUAAAGCCUUUUUCUGCAAAGCCUUUCUCCUACCAUGGAGCCCAGAUUAAUUUUCUACUACCAGCUUGUGGGGGAAAAGGUGGAAUCCAUAAGAACAUAAAUCUGCUGUCUCCCCACACCCCCCUCACGUUAUUUGCCAUCGCUAGUGCGUUUUAUCUCUGUUCGUGCACAGCCAUUCACUGCGUUUUAAGGCGUUAGAAUAUCUGGAGCGAUGCUCAGCCGUCUCCUAGGCACUGGAGCUGGAGCUUUCCUCUAAACAAGCAGACUACCAAGGGGAAGAAGUACAAAAGGGAAAAUGAUUUUUAAAGACAGCGUCUUCGCAUUAUUAGAGUUUGCCGUGUCGCUCGUGGAGAAGAUGCAAGCUCAGGAAAUCUUGCGGAGCCUGCGGCUCCCCGAAUUCGAUGACCUCAGCCAGUUUUUCCGCAACCUGCCCACCACAGCGCUGGUGGGCAUCGGUGCCUUUGCGGCCGUCGUGGCCUACUGGUUUGCCAGCCGGCCCAAGGCCGUGAAGCCGCCCUGCGACCUGCGGAUGCAGUCGGAGGAGGUCGAGGGCCUGGACGGGGCGCGCCGGUCGGUGAUCGGGGACAGCCCGCAGCUGCUGACGCACUACUACGACGAUGCCAGGACCAUGUACGAGGUCUUCAGGAGGGGAUUCAGCAUCUCCGAAAACGGCCCCUGCCUGGGGUUCAGGAAGCCCAAGCAGCCGUACCAGUGGCUGUCAUACAGAGAGGUGGCUGAAAGAGCAGAGGCUCUGGGCUCGGGGCUGCUGCAGCAGGGCUGCAAGCCAUCCACCAAGCAGUUCAUCGGGGUCUUUGCUCAAAACCGCCCAGAGUGGAUCAUUUCCGAGCUGGCUUGCUACACCUACUCCAUGGUGGUGGUUCCCCUCUAUGACACCUUGGGUCCCGGAGCCAUUCGUUACAUCGUCAACACAGCUGACAUUUCCACAGUCAUUUGUGACAAACCUGAAAAAGCCAGAACGCUCCUCGACCACGUGGAGAGGAGAGAAACGCCGGGUCUCAGCUCCAUCAUCCUGAUGGACCCAUUCGAGAAGGAGUUGAUGGAGAGGGGAAGGCGCUGUGGGGUCCGCAUCCAGACCAUGCAGGAGGUGGAGGACUGCGGCCGGGAGAGUCGACAUGCGCCUGUGCCUCCUCGACCAGAAGAUUUAUCAAUUGUCUGUUUUACUAGUGGCACUACAGGAAACCCCAAAGGUGCUAUGCUGACUCACGGGAACGUGGUUGCCGAUUUUUCGGGCUUUUUGAAAGUGACGGAGAGUCAGUGGUCUCCUACUUGUGAGGAUGUACACAUUUCCUAUUUGCCUUUAGCACACAUGUUUGAGAGAAUGGUACAGUCCGUAGUGUACUGCCACGGGGGGCGGAUUGGGUUCUUCCAAGGAGACAUCCGCCUCUUAUCUGACGACAUGAAAGCUCUGCGUCCCACCAUCUUCCCUGUCGUGCCGCGGCUGUUAAACAGGAUGUACGACAAGAUCUUCAGCCAGGCAGACACCUCCCUGAAGCGCUGGAUUCUGGAGUUUGCCGCCAAGCGGAAAAAAGCAGAAGUUCGAAAUGGGAUCAUCAGAAACGACAGCCUGUGGGACAAGCUGUUCUUCAAUAAAAUACAGGCGAGCCUCGGCGGCUGUGUCCGCAUGAUAGUGACCGGCGCUGCCCCUGCCUCCCCCACCGUCCUGGGCUUCCUGCGGGCGGCCCUCGGGUGCCAGGUCUAUGAAGGUUACGGCCAAACAGAGUGCACAGCUGGGUGCACCUUCACCACCCCAGGUGACUGGACGUCAGGUCACGUAGGAGCUCCUUUGCCCUGCAACUUAAUCAGACUGAAGGAUGUGGAAGAGCUGAAUUAUUUUGCUUCCAAAGGAGAAGGAGAGAUAUGUGUGAAAGGACCGAAUGUUUUCAAGGGUUAUCUGAAAGAUGAGGAGAAGACGACUGAAGCACUGGACCAGGAGGGCUGGCUUCACACUGGAGACAUCGGGAAAUGGUUACCUAAUGGGACUCUUAAAAUUAUUGACAGGAAAAAGCAUAUAUUUAAACUUGCUCAGGGAGAAUAUAUUGCACCGGAGAAGAUAGAGAAUAUCUAUAUCCGUAGUGACCCUGUUGCCCAGAUCUAUGUCCAUGGAGACAGCCUGCAGGCCUUUCUGGUGGGAAUUGUGGUGCCAGACUCUGAAGUUAUGCCAGGAUGGGCAAAGAAAAGAGGGUUUGAUGGAACAUACUCAGAACUCUGUAAAAACAAGGAACUGAAGCAAGCAAUAAUGGAAGACAUGGUACGGUUAGGUAAGGAGAGUGGACUUCACUCCUUUGAGCAGGUAAAAGCCAUUUACAUUCACUCUGAUAUGUUCUCAGUACAAAACGGUUUGUUGACACCAACGUUAAAGGCUAAGAGACCAGAACUGAGAGAUUACUUCAAAAAACAAAUAGAAGAGCUAUAUUCCAGCAUCUCCAUCUGAAACCACAGGAAGAAUCUUCUGAAUAAUGGACUUUGUAGCAAUAUUAGAGUAAUACUCGAAAGUACAGAGCCAGAACGACACAGCCGAAACGGAUAAGCAUCUGAAUCUUACAUUUGAGCCUUUUGUUUUAGGAUUUCACCACUAACCAUAUUUUUCCUUUUCCUUCUUUUUUUCAUCAGGUGUGAUACAAUUUUUACUCUAUGUACACAGUAGGGCACUACCAAGAAUUAUGCUAAAUUGCCACAAAAUAUACAGCAAUUUCAAUCCAUGACCAAGUAAAUUAUGGAAACUUAUCUUAUUAAUAACUACAAAUAUUUCAAAUUAAACUAGGGAAAACUUCAGGUAUGUCUGUUGAUAUUUGAUUGUAUAUAACCUAACACGUUAGAGACUAAAAUUGUGCAUAAUUCAAUAAUGUGGUCUACCUCAAGCUAUCAGUGAUUGAUGGUGAAAGCCUAUUUUCCCUGAUCUGGAACUUCAAGCUGGAUAUUGGUUUAUAUAUUAAGUGAUAGUUUUUAUAUUUUCCAGGACAUAAAUUACAUCGAUUUGAUUUAAUCAUUAAUGACCUAACAACCAGAAUAGAAAUAGGAACAAAUCUCCUGGUAUUUGUACUUAACAGGCCUAUUAGUAUAUUACACCUAAGGGAUUAAUAUUACCUUGAGAUUAUAAGAACACUCUAGCAAGCUGUAGGGUAGAAGUCCCCCUAUUCCUCUCCAUCCGAACCCAGCCCACCAACGGCAUGCUGACUUCUCCCCAGGGCCUCCUCCAGCACAGCCCUCGUGGGCAUCCCAGCGACACAAAGGAUGCUGGAGUGCCGCUGGCUCUGCGGAGCUGAACAAAGCAAAAUAGCCGGCACAAGAGCCAGCGCAGUGAGCUCACAUUAACCCAUGUGCUCUCGGUCCCUAAUUUAUUACUUUACAUGCUGCUAAUGCUGCAUAGUCCGGUCAGGCCAGCUGCCUUUCAGAACAGCACUACGGAAAUGGAGCGCGAGGCAUGAGCUGCGAUCCUGAGCAGGGCUGAGCAAAGCAGGUUUGUUUGGGAGAACGGCCAGCCAGGGGUGCAGCCGUGGAGGGCAUCCUCCGGCACGCUGGGGACGAGGAAGGAACACUGCUCUGGAUGGGCUGCGAGAGCCAUUUCGGUUGCAAAGUGGUGCGGUGUGGUAGAGGCCUGGAUGUGGCUGCAGAAAGGGCUGCUAGGAAAACAUCCCCACAUUCUGAUGCCUCAGUUCCCAUUGACAUCGCUGCCAGUGGCCUCUCUGGAAAAGGCAGCAAACUUUGGGAUGAAGCCUUGGAUUCACCACCAGCCGCAGCCUUUGGAAGGUCCCCCAUGGAACAGGAACGGAUGCUGGAGCUCUCUUCUGGUGUGAAGCACAGUACAAAGCAGUCAGAAAAGCGUAAUGUGAGGUACUGUGAAUAUUGGGACUGUUGGCGGCUUCCUCCUUUGAACAGGGUCCUACACAUAUCCGUGUAUGUUAAUAGCUGCUGUUUGUUGCACCAGAGCAUGCUAGCAUGGAGCUGUGCCUGCUAGAUCUUCCUUGCUAGGACAGUGAGAGCACACAUUUUUUCUCUUAGACUGGAAUCCAUUGUAGGCUUUUGAAGCUAAAAGAUUAAAUUAUUAAUCUGAAUUAUCUCUCAUUUUCCCUCUGAAAUUCCACUGCAUGCUUUAAAAAUUAACUAAAUUGAGUUAAUGAGUUAGUUUUACACAAAGACUGAUUUAUUGCAGUAAUUUCAGAGCAAAGUGAUACGAAGGAAGUUGUAUCUGUUAGCAUAAUCACUCACACACAGAACAAGGCAAUUUGAACUAUCAAAUGUGGAAGUGUUUGUCUGAGUCCCUUUUGUGCCCGAUUCCUCAUUUGAUUCCAGUGUAAUGAUUCAUAUCAGUCCAAGGCAAGUAAGAAAUAUCACUGCUGUGACCAGAUGGUAUUGUACGUUCAUUUUUUUUCCAAUAUACACAGCAACAGCAUCCCUAGGGAGUUUGGGUGUGUGGCAUGAAUUAGUGUACAAAAUCUGGCUCUUUAGAUCAGGUCACACAGGAGUUUCAUCUCUGAGGAGUCUAGUCCGUCUCCUGUCUGUAUCAGCCAAAGGACAGCAGUCACAUGCUUCAAAGCAACGAAGGACUACACUCAGUUCAGUUUCCUCCCUUCUAAGGCAACAUACCUCUUGAAUUAAAAUAAGGGUAACUAGUCAUCGAAGAAAGUAUAGAAAAGCUGUUUUCCACUGACCUUCUUCUGCCACCUAAAUUGAUUUACUUUUCUCCUAAGGUGAUUUCAGUUUACCAGACUUUUCCGGACCACUGAACUCUGUGUAAGCAGGGAAGCUCCGAAUACGAGUCUACUUAAGGCUUGGAUGGCUGUUAUCUGUAAGCGUAUAAUGCUGCUUUGUUACUCAAUAAUAAAAGAAAAAAUACGGACCACAAUAGGAUGAAGCAAAAUUUGAGAGAAAUUCACUUCCGAAGUGUGAAUAUUUUCAGAGCUUGUGGAAAGCUGUUUGAAUAAACUAAGAGCUGUUUCUGUUACUUUCUUGUGUAAUCAGAUUUUCCUCUGCCUACGACUCUCUCACCAUAACCAUAACAAAUGUUGCAAGGGAUUAAAACUUGCCAUGAGUACAUGCGCAAGGCAUGUGCUAGGCAUAAACAUGCUUCUCUUCAAAUUCCAGGAAUGUUUGUUUUUCUUUGAGCUCUCUUAAACUGAUGGACUUCUUGUGACCACCAAGGAAACCCCCAGGGUUGUACAGCAACCAGUUUAUUUAUUUUUUUUCCUCAAGAUAACCAAUUACAAAAUUAAUUUCUAAUACACUUCUUAUUUAAGGAGUUGAGACUCAAGAGCCAUUGCAGAAACAGCAAUGCAUGUUACGCUUCUCUGUAAACAGCAUUAUUCUUGAUGGCUUAAAGAUGACCGUUUUUAACUACUGUCAUUGCGGCAUUCAUCAAGUACGUGAGAAAACACAAGCCCACUAAAAUCAGCACAGCUCUGCUCUGGUACUGCAGGUGGGAUUCGUGCAAGAACACCUUUGCCUUGAGCAGUCAAGUGUGACAAAGUAAUUUUACAGCCCCUUUCCCCAGAAGGCUUUGUAGUAUGUGCUGCAGAUUGCAACUUUCUGUAUUCUCUUAUUAAAAAUGGGAGGUUCUUCCUGGGCCUGGUGCUAUGCCUGUGAAAUCACUGGAAGACUGCCUCCAGUGCUUGUAUAUGAAAAUCAGAGUAACAUACUUUUUCCAGGAAGAGAAUAUUGCUUAGUUAUAUAUUUUGUAUGUUCUUUGCUCAAUAUGUUGCACAGACAAAAUACCAUUCUGCCACCAAAAUGGUCAAAGACACACAAAAGUGUGCACAGAAACCAUGAGACAGUCUUAAUGCCAUGUUGGCAGAAAUGCACAGAAUUCUUCUGUCCUGAAAGGCACAUUUACAGGUUAAAAUAGUUGAUAUAGAUCAGGUAAGAGAGAAAUGGUGAGUUGUUUAUUGAUAAAGUACUUUUUUGCAUCUGUCAUCACUAUUAGUAAGUACGUAUCCGCAUCAGUAAAGUCCAAUGUCAUUUUUGCCAUGGAUAUGAGUUUUUUGCUUAUAACAAAAUAAUCUGACUUAUACAAUCUUCUGGAAUGAAACAAAUCGACUAAUUUUAUUGUUAUUAUAAUUAUUUUCCACGUGUUAAAAGCACAAACUGGUGAUCUAUAUGUAAAUAAAUUGCUACAAGAUGAAUGUAAACUGGGAAAUAAUAUACUAUUUUUGCAUGGUAAUGGAUUACUUAAAGACCUCUUGAUGCCUUACAUAAAAUUUGGCAAAGCAUUUUAUUUAGAGGCAAUUCUAUCUGCAUACUCUUUGUUUCUAUAUCUCAUUUUGGUUUUGUCUGUGGAAAAGGAAAAAAAAAGUUGAUACCAGAAUUAGAUUUUUGUUUCUUCAUGGAAUUAACAUUCUUCAGUACUUUGCACAUUUAAUGGUUUCUACUCUGUACUUUUUUCCUGUUAAAUGAAGAAGCUGAACCUAUUCUUUUUGGAGGAGAGAUCUGGAUACCUGUAAUAACUGGGAGGAAUACAACUUUAGAUCUGUGGAAUUGUUCCAAAAUAAAAUGUUUUCUGAGGCAUCUAGAGCCCCUUUAAGCCCUUCACUUCACUUCAGCUUUUGUUAUAUAUUUUAGCAAAGUACAAGCAGCAAACAAAUGAGGCAUUUUCCUAAGUGUUACCUAUUCUAUUUUCAACUGAAAGUGAAGGGAUCAAAAUGUAACAUAUACAUUUGUGUAAAAAAAUAAUCAACUGUAAAUUUUUCCGUUUUGGUAUAUUAGCAUGUAUAUCAAAAAGUCAUCUAUGGAAACUUUUGUAAAGAAUUAAACUGUCACAUUUCUCAGAACUGCUCCUAAGGUUUUCUCAUUGACUGACCUACAAUAAAAUCUCUUUUUUAAAAUCGGUUGUUACUCCAGCACUCUGUCCUCUGUAUGAAGUAAUUCAGAAUGUGUGCCUAUACGAAACGCGUUGUAAAAAAAAUAAAAUAACAACCAAAGGAAUAUUGGAACCUGAGAUUGAUUUUAGCAAUCUUCUACAAAAAAAAAAAAAGAAAAAAUAGUUGCAAAGUCCUCUGAAGAUGCAGCAGUCUUUCUGUAAUGGUUUCAUUUUUUUAUUUUAAAUCAAUAAUAAUAUAA